AUGGAGGAAUGCAACACUGCACUCACUCAUGAAAUGGCAGCUACACUGGAGCACACUCACAAAAUGGCGGCGACAGUUGAGCCCGUUCACAAAAUGGCGGCGACAAGAACACCCCGUCAGGUCACUGCUGCCAUUCACGAGUCAAGUCAAGCCACAGUUGAUCUUAAAGAACCAAGUCAAGUCACAGCUGAUCUUCAAGUCGCAGCUGAUCUUCUCGAGUCCAGCCAAGUCACAGUUGAGGUUAAUGAGCCAAAUCAAGUCACAGUUGAUGUUAAAGAGCCAAGCCAAGUCAAGUCGGGUCACGUCCAGGCUGACACACCCAGAUCAUCAAGGUCAGUCUUUCAUUAUCCCAGUCUGAUAUCCAGUGUGAGGGAUUCACCGCUGGUGUCUGCACGCGCAGCUGGUAUCCCCAAACCCACUCACUCUAGCCCUCCUGUUCCUGAACUGAUUCCCCUGUCUGAAGUGCUUCCCAUGAUGGGGAUCGCUUUAUGUUGUGUUUGGGUGGCGUACACCACCGCAGCACUGUCUGAGGUGGCGGCUGCUGCCAGAGCUUCUCCAGAGGUGGUGGCACAUGCUGCAGAACCUCCAGAAGCGGCAGGGCUCACCUCAGCCCCUUGUAUGGUGGUGGCGCUCAGUAAUGUACUCUCUACCUAUUGUGUUGCGGUCGAAGAGACCGUUACUAAACUCUCCUUGUGUCCUGAGUUUACUGCUGUAGAACCUCCAGAGGUGUCAGCGGUAUCCGUCUGUGAACUCUCGUUCUUUCCUGUCACGGCUAUGGAGGCCAUCAAUGAACUCUCGUUCUGUCCUGUCACGGCUAUGGAGGCCGUCAGUGAACUCUCGUUCUGUCCUGUCACGGCUAUGGAGGCCGUCAAUGAACUCUCGUUCUGUCCUGUCACAGCUAUGGAGAUUAAUUAUGAACUUCCUGUGUUCCCUACCUCAGUCCUUGUGUCUGUGCAUGUUCUGUCUCCUCCUUGUGUCUCAGUUUCCCUUAGCAGUCCCGUCGGCUCCGCCCUGGUGGGCAGCAGUCCCGUCUGCGUCGCUCUGGUGGGCUCCGGCUCCGUCUGCUCUGCCCUGGUGGGCUCCUGUUCCGUCCUGGUCUCCGCCUGGGUUCUCUGCUUCGCCGUUUCUGCCUGGGUGUCCUGCUCUGCCUCAGUCCCCGGUCUUCUCACUCCCACGUGA